UCCCGGCGCCUCGUCCUCCUCCAGCUCGCGGCCCGACAGCGGCGGCGGCGGCGGCGGAGGCGGAGGCAGCCUUCCUCUGGACGAAGCCGUCGGAAAACUGCUCGAAGGGUACGACUGGACACUGCUACCCGUGACGCAGAAGUCAUCAGCGAAGAGAAAGCAGCACAUCAAGCGGCCGAUGAACGCGUUCAUGGUGUGGGCGCAGGCGGCGAGGCGCAAGCUCGCCGACCAGUACCCACAGCUGCACAACGCCGAGCUGAGCAAGACGCUGGGGAAGCUCUGGAGGAUCCUGAGUGAGGAGGAGAAACAGCCCUUCAUCGAGGAGGCAGAGAGGCUCCGAAACGCCCACAAGAAGGACCACCCCGAGUACAAGUACCAGCCGCGCCGCCGCAAGCCGCCCAAGACGUCGGCCGCGAUGGGGGUGGGCGUCGGCGUGGCGGCCGUGUCCCCAGGCAGCGACGCCGAUCUGCCCUCCACCUCCGGUGUCAGCUCCACCUCUCCGGACAUCGGACGCUGCCACAGCCGUAUGAAGCCGGAGCCAGACUGCAGCUUCGCCAAGCUGUACGAGCGGGACCUGGAUGGGCCUCGCCCAGUGGAGGACCUGCCGCUGGCGCACAAGCCUGCCUACUCCUGUGCGCACGCGCAGUACUCGUUGGAGGCCAGUGAGCAUCACCACCUGCACCACCACCCGCACCAAGGCUUUCGGCCUGCCGCCGGAGCGACGGGCUUCAUGUACGGGUCACCGCUGGAGGCGGCGGCAGUGGGCGCGGCGACGGACUUCCUGCACCCUCAUCUGGCUGCGGGCGCGCCUCCACCGCCCGUCUCUGCGCCGGCGCCGCCGCCCGCCUUCCCCACCGCGUCCCACGCGCACCACCAGUCCUUCUACGCGUACGGUCCUCCUCAGGGGCCAUAUUACAUGGCACCUAGAUAA